AUGGCCAUCAGUAUUAAAGAGGAAUUGAUGAAACUAAAGGGCCCCGAUUCGUAUUUGCCGGAUGAACGGGAAUGUAUUCUCGGACAAGCUUCUUUCUACUUAGCCCACUGGCUGAUGGCGAACGCCACCAUCAACAGUGCAAACCCAGAAUUACAAGGGAAGUAUAUUGAUCUUUCUUAUCAAUCGUCGAAGCGAAACCAAAUUGUAAUAAUGAUGUUAGCAAGUACUAAAACAGAAGCGGUCUACGUUUCACUGGCACACCGGAACAUGACGUCCGUUCCGUACGAAGAGCUUGAAAUGAUAAAUACUACUCUGAGGUAUCUGUCAAUGGCAGGAAACUAUUUCUACAAUAUUCGACUUCCCCGAUUGGGAAAACUGAAAGUGUUAGAUUUGCGGAACUGUGCAUUGGUUCACCUGGACUAUGACGUUUUUACUAGUUUGCCAAAUUUACAGCAACUCUACCUUUCGCACAACUACCUUCUUCAGUUGACGGCGGACCAUAUGAAACCAUUAGCAAUGUUGCGCCAUUUGGAUCUUGCGUACAACUCGAAUGGUCAACAAGCAUACCAUAGCUACACCGACCAUAAGGAAGCACCGGAUCCCUACAACAGCCUAACCGAAGGACUCGAGCUUAGUGAGGAUGUGUUCGAUCCGCUUGAGCGGCUGAUCUUUCUUGAUCUCUCACAUACCAAACUGCUGGCGACCAGCGCCCGAGCCUUUCGCGAUCUUGCUGUGGAGCAACUGAGCCUGUGCUACACCGGUAUCUCGAUCAUCGUCGGUUCAAUGAUGUAUGGUACGCUCCGGACGCUGGACAUCUCGGGCAAUCCGGGAAUAACCGCUGCGAUCCAUCGUGACAUGGACGCAGGGGUGCGGGGCUUAAAUGGCAACAUUGAAAUACUGGCAUGCGAGAACGCGUCGGUCAAGUACCUUGACUGGGUACACGGUAUGGCUAACUUGCGUGUAUUGCUGCUAAGCUAUAACAACAUCAACCAGUUGACGAAUGAAACGUUCACAACACUGGAGCGGCUAGAAAUGCUCGAUCUCAAUGCGAAUCACAUCAGCAACUGGCACUGGCGCAUCUUUGCCCAUAAUCCCGCCCUAACCGUGCUCGAUCUGUCGGCCAACAAUUUGAAUGUGUUGACGAUCGACAUGCUCAACGACUUCGAGAACGUGCGCUUCCUGGCGAUCGGCCAGAACAACUUCCUUUGUCACUGUUUGCUCCGCGACUUCAUUGACAUGGCAAACCUGAGCUCCAACGGUAUCGGGUGUGCGAUACGCACAAUGGGCCAGCACUUUCUUCGCGCGGACAAUGGAACAAUAAUCAGGAACAGAGGACAAGAAAUGCAAUCUGCGCACGAAGCUACUUACAUCGUCGAUACUACAGCCUCGAUGAGCAACUACAUCAUAAAAACGAAACGUUCUCUGUCUAGGCAGUGGAGCCGCAGCCAGGGACGGUUGGGAACGUUUCAGUUGCUUAACUGCAGCAACGAUGUUGACGAUUCCCACGACGACGCGACAGGAUUGAUCCAGUUGAUUGAUUUUAGCGUGGAAAGCUACACCUGUCGUGAUCUAGAAAACGUCGAGCACGACUUCAACGACCAAGAGCGCUGCACAUUCGAUCGGUCCGCACUAGGGGGUUUGUUGAUCAACGGAAUAAACGAUACGGCCUCAUCGAUCGUGAAGUUUGUGCUGAUCUUCUUCGGGUUCGCCCUCAUCGCGUUCAUUAUCUAUAUCUCGAAGUGGGAACACGUCAAAUACUUCUGCAUCAUCGUGCGCAACGCAACCGUGCUGAGCAUGAUGCGCCAAAAGAAGGACACCUUGGUGAGCAGAGGGCCGAACGGCAAUCGCCGGCAGUCUUCGAUCGGUGUAGCAGAUGGGUUUUUGUACGAUGUGUUUGUCAGCUAUUCGGAGCACGACCGAUCUUGGGUUUUGGACGAGCUGUUGCCCAACUUGGAACGCUCAGAAGAUAUCAGUGUGUGCUUGCAUGAGCGUGAUUUCAAGGUUGGAGUUAGCAUACUCGAAAACAUCAUUCACUGUAUGGAUCAAUCCCGCACGCUACUUUUGGUUAUGUCGGAGCACUUUCUUCUCAGCCACUGGUGUCAGUUCGAGAUGCACCUUGCUCAGCAUCGUUUGCUCGAAACUCGCCGCGAACACCUCAUCUUGGUGUUGCUAGAAGAGAUACCAAAAAUUAAGCGACCCAAAACGUUGCACUAUCUGAUGAAGACGAAAACUUACAUACGGUGGCCAACCGUCGCCGUGGAAAGAAAGCUGUUUUGGUUGCGUCUAAAAAAGUCCAUUCACGACGGCAUCAACUGGGAACCGGAUGACGAAAACCGAACAUCCUCCAGGGCAUAG